UUUCCGGAAAUGACUGGUGUUCACGCAAAUGUGUCCCCCAGAAAACAUUUCUCACUUCCUUUUUAUCACUAGUUAGUUGUGUCGGAUGGAAUUAAAGUUUUAUUAAAAGUGGUCUGAUUUCAUGUGACUCAAAUGGAUCGCGUCGAUUCGGAAAGUGACAGUGCUGACUUGACAAGACCAACCAGACAGCUGCGGAAUAAAGUAGUCUUUGCGAUUGAUCUGAGACCGAGAGGAGCGCUGAAGAGGAAGAGAGACAUCGCAGCUGUUCCCACCAAUGAAGAGAGUGGCACAGAUGAAGGAUCUCCUGACAAGAUCUCAAAGCUUCAGACUGCAAAGGAUGCAGGAGACGGACAUGAGAAUGGGGACCAAAAUAAUACAGUGGAAAUGGAUGUGGAGGAACAUGAAGAUCAGAACCAAGAUAUGAGUUCAGAGGAUGAAAGGGAUAAUUGUGAGGCAGUCAUGAAGACAAAACCUCUCAUCCAGGAGAAAAGGGUCAUCAGAACACUGCGUGUGGGGAAUCUGGAAACAGAGGAGAUGAGGGCAUUCUUAUGGCAGCAAAGAGACACACCUCAAAAGUCACAGGUGUCAGAGCUGCCCAAACUGACAGGGUGUGGAGACAAAGUUCAUAGUUCUCAGACUUUAUCAAGAGAACCCUCCAGAACAGGUUCUGCUUCUGUCAAUCUCAAACCAGUGGAGAACAGGACAGACAUUUUGACAGUGAGGAGCAGCAUAAGAGAGUAUCGGAACAAAAUGGAGGAGAAAGCCAGAGGUGUUUCUGGUGCUGAUCUUCAGGGCAGGGACAGGUAUCCAUAUGUGAAAGGUCACACAACACACACCCACAAGACAAAUAACCUUCCUGCUGAAAAACAGUCCCUACACCACACAAACACAGAAUUGAGGAAACAAAUUAUCACAAAAGCAGGUUCAAGUUCCCCCUCAAGAGCAGAUGUAUGGGGUGUAUGCAGGUGGCUUCAGUGGGCUGUGUUCCUGCUAGCCUCACUUGCAUUGGGCUUAAUGGGUUAUCAACACUUUCCAUCCUCUUCCAGAACAACUGAACAUCAAAACAGAUUGUUGUACAGUGCAACUUUUGAAACCAACUUAGCUGAACUAAAGCCAUUAUUCCCUAACCAGCGACCGGAACUCUGGAAAAGGACUGAGAUCCAUCUUAAGCGCCACCUUAACCUGACCGAUCCAACUGAACCAGUGAGUCUCAUCCUAACCUCUGGUCGUGGGGCUGAGAAGACUCUGGGCUGUCUGGCUCAACAGUUAGCUGCGGCCUUUUCCAGAGCUCUCAACUCCUCAGUCCUGGGUAUUGAUGGAACCAGCAAAAGUGCACAAGACAGCGACCAGGUUAAGCUGGACAUUGACAAUGCACUGAAAGAGGCCUUUGAAGGCGGCACACAGGCAGCAGUUAUUCACCAUUUUGAAGAGCUUCCUCCUGGAUCUACACUCAUCUUCUACCGCUACUGUGAUCAUGAGAAUUCUGCUUUUAAGAAAGUCUUUUUGGUUUUCACUGUCAUGCUCCCGGUUGCUGAGCUAGACUUCAAACUCAGUCUGAAUGCAGUGGAAGAGCAGGUGCAAGAGUACUUAAAAGAGAAGUUUGUCUCCUCUGACAGCACUGUUGAAUUUAACCAGAUGGAUGUAGACAAGCUAAGUGGGCUGUGGAGUAGGAUCUCCCAUCUCAUCCUACCGGUAGCUGCAGAGCAGAAGAUUGAACAGCAUGGAUGUGGGGCGUGAAGGUUCUAAUAACUGAGGGUUUUCACACCAGUAUUGUGUCACUGGAGUGUAAUAAUUGUAUUUGUGCAGCUAAAUGGCUGGUGAUAUGUUCACUUAGCCAGGUUGGUCUUGACCUCUGGAACCUCUAAUUGUCAAAACUAAAUCUGUGAGGCUAUAUUUAAAAGAUGUUCAGGAAUCAUAUGUAAAAUAGUUGUAAGUUUGUUUUUUGUUUUUUGUUUUUUGUUUUUUCUUCAAACAUCUUGGACACAUACAGUGGGAUCUCUGGAAGAUGAUGCACUUAAUGUCAUGGCACCGGUGUUGGAAUAAUGCCAUGUUAAAUAUUCUUUAACAUAAAGUGCAAAUAUAUUAAUUGUUUUUUAAUGCAGAUUUCCAUAAAUCAAGGUCCAACAUUCCUUCUUCAUUCAGCUUUACCUCUGAUUUUUGCUAUAUCUCUAAUAUACUCUCUCCAAAAUAGUCAUCAGGGAUAUUUACAAGGCUCACUUUCAACUGGAGUGCAGGUGUAAGGGUCAACUCCUUGGACCAGAUGAUUAAUUGACUGAAUUUAUAUUGUGAAUUUAUUUUUAGUGGUUCAUAUUAUUGAAUUUAGCACAAGCUAUGUUGAGGUGAGGCUGUUUUUUUAAGCUUUGUUCUGGUUUAAUAUUGUGCACUUCACUAAAUUUAUAAUGAUUAAAACUAGAAUGUAUUUUUA